AUGGCGCCUGGUCGGCUAGAGACUCGCGCGUGGCGCAAGGAGAACGACGCCGGUAACCGACGCGUCAGUAUCACCUCCAGUGAGGACAACCCUGUUCCUGGUGCCAAUGUCCCAUUCGAAGAGCUGCUAGCUCGAGAGCUGCGUAAAUCAGGAGGAACAGGCGCUAAAUUUGCAGUAUCAGCAAGUGGCAAAGCGGCCACGAAGCCUUUUCUCAAGAAAGGCGCGCGUGGAUGGUGGAUGCGACAACCAGGUGCCAAGCAGAAGGUGGUUAAGCACACGCUCAUGUCUAUGGGAGAAGAAGAUGCUAGUAGGACAACACCGGUGAUGCAGAGAAAGCAGCAGAAAGAACAGCAGAGGAGGAGAAGGUCUUCGUCAGCUUCUUCGUCGAAAACUCUUUCUCCAGUCGCGACAUCACCGGAGCAGUUUCGGAUUGACCCAGCACCGCCACAGACACUUUCACCGCCAGUGUCUCCAAUUCAGCGGACGCAAUACAGCAGUAACCAGGUGGAUAAUGACGCCGAUGAGGAGCUGCAGAGGAGGCAGCAGAAUGAGGAAUUUGCUGCGUGGAAGAAUGCAUCGUUUCGCUCUACAACGAGUACCGACAUGGGCUUGAGAAACGUGAGACAGUCGUAUGAGGCCAUGCAAGAGCGUGAAGCCAAUGAAAUGGCGGAGUUUGAGGCGAUUGAGCGAGAUCUGGCCUCAGAGAAAGAGGCAUACUUGAAGGAGAAGCAGCAGCAAGAGCAGCAGCAGCAGCAGCCAUUUGCACAAGUUGAUCCACUUCACGAUAACCAAGAUGACCACUGGGGGCUGCCGUAUUCUUCGUUUGUGUCGGAGCUUCAUGAUCAGGAACAAUCAAGGUGGCAGACAGCCGGUUCAGGGUCGAUUUUUGACGAUAGUCUGGACGAAGGAGCGGACUCAGCACUUGUCUAUGACGACCACUCAGCUCUGUCAAAGGACGACUGGAUGACUGGGGAUGAUGGGCUUACCAACCAACUUCGCUCACAUUUUGGUUACGGUAACACACCUUCCGACCUGAGCGCUGUUAGCUUUGAUGAUUCUGUGCCGUGGGACGAUGGUUUAUCGUUUCAGCCACGACAACACUCGGAACAUGAACAGCCUUCUACCGCUGAUGCUGCUGAGCUAACCCCUCAAAGCAACCAGAACAGUUCAAUUGAUCCAGUAAUCGCAACCACCAGACUACAAGCAAGUGGACGCGGAGUACAUUUCGCGGACUCUGACGACGAUAGUAUAGACGCUCUCGGGUACGAUAUACCUGAGGGCGAUGCACCUGUUUCGUCGUUAGUUCAGCAAGUAUUUGGAGGCAUUAAGCAGGAUGACGGCAAUAGUAGUGACAUCCCUUCCGCUGAGGGUUAUAAGGACUCGAUGGAUGCUGGAGGUGAUGGGAACAUGAGAAAUCUAUCUCCGCCACCGCUGCCUGCUCAGGACAAGUCCUUAUCGACGCUCAAGCAGAAAUUGCGCGGAAAGCAAAAAGCACCCGUUUCAAGAGCAACAACAACCAAAAGAAAAGGAACGAAUCCCCCAAAACAGAAGUCUGCCGCACAUUCGCGCACUACUACGAAACAGAAAACUGGAGCAAAUACAGGGAAACUGACACAGCCUCGAGAUAGAGCGUCACCUACAGGCCCUUCUGGUAUGAUCCUACCCGCUGUUAUCGAAGAAAAGCUGUAUGAGCUGGAGGAAGAAGUCAAGUUUUACAAAUCUGAGACGCUUCAGCUUCAAAAACGCAAGGACUAUUACGACCAAGAAGUGAAGAAGUUAGCCCUUGAGCGGGACGAGUUUGCCCGUUAUCAACAGGAACAGCGUGUUCUAAUCGAAAAGGAGUGGGAACGGGAGCGAGCUAAAAUGAAAAAAGAGGAGAAGCUUCAGGAGCGACAAUGGAAGUUGCGUAUGAAUGCUACCAUAGCUCAUCAGGAUCGAAAAGACCGCGGUGAAGUGGAAAUGCUCAAGGCGCAGAUCGUGAAGAUGCAGCUCGACGAGAAAGCGCGUGUGAGUAAAUGGAUGGCUGCGAACGACAACUUGCGGCAGCGUGUUGCGGAACUUGAGGAGAAGAACCGGGAGCUUAGUGACGAAAUCAAAUUUCUCGAGAAAGAUCGCCUGGAGCAGUGGGAAAAGUACGAACGCUUAUUAAAAGAGCGACAAGAAGCACCCAAAUCGGCUUCACAACCUGAUUAUAUCUCUGCAGUCGGCGAGAAACACGAACUUCACACGGUGGAUGAUGUUUUAGCGAUCAAAGGAACAGCCGACGAGCUAUUACAGAGGUGGAAUUUCGCUCAGGGUGAUGGUUCAACUCAAGAGGAGAAAGAUCACACACCUAAAUCGAGUUAUGAACACCAGCAACCAAACGUCGUGGACGUUGACAUCCCGAAGCGGUACAGUUUAGAUCGAGAGGGUUUUCACCCUUCGAGCGAGCCGGGAAACCUCGAGAGCGUGACGAAUGUUGGUGCUACUUAUGAGUGGGCACUACCUGAUGCUGAGGACGACAAAGCUCUGUAUACAACCGAUUACUCUAGUGGCGAAGCGGAUGCCGCCAUCUCAGCGUCAACGUCAUCCUUGCCGGAGCACAAGGCGGUAUUGCAAGAGAUUAACCAUCCUUGUGGGAAGAAAGAGUUGCUGUUUACGGAUGGCAGCAAGAAAAUCAUUUUCUCGGACGGUAAUGAGAAAGAAAUCGAUGCAAACGGCCACGUCGUCAUCAAAUUCACGAACGGUGACCAUAAAGAGGUCUUCCCGGACACGGGGAUCAGUGUAUAUUACUACCACGAGGCUCAAACGAAGCUAACAACGUACCCGGACAAUAGGAAAGUGUACGAGUUCCCGAAUCAACAGAUCGAAACAAGUCUGCCUGACGGAACGACGGAAAUCCAGUUCGCUGACGGCAUUAAGAAGACAAUCCGCCCGAACGGCGACGAGUUCUCCGUGUUUCCGGACGGAACCACAAUGCUGGAGCAGCCUGGUGGUCUGCGCGAGGUGACGCUGCUCAACCAAAAGAAGAUCCGCUACUUCCCGGACGGACAGAUGGCCUGUGUCUCCCCUGGUGGCCAGGAGACUCGCGUUCGCUCCGACUCGGAGCUCAAGCAGCUCAUGGAGACCACGUAA